AUGGCACAGAAGGGAGAGUUUGAAUACAACCCAAAGUUGAUAACACCGGCGAAGAUCGCCGAUAUUGUCUCCGAUAUGGGAUACGACGUGACGGUUCUCGAGACACAAACCGCGCAAUCGCUUCACGACAUAAAACUACAUAUUCUUGGAGUGGAUUCGGCGACGGAUAUGACUUUAAUCGAAAAAGAGAUACAAAAACAGAUCGGUGUCCGCGAAGUGGAGACAACGUUUGACACGCAAAGAGUAAAAGUGAUUUACGACCCGCAAGUGGUCGGACCUCGAGAUAUAAUCAAAUGCAUAGAAGCCCUUCAGCGGGGGUUUACGGCAUAUCCGGUGAGCGAAUCGGCCGGCAGUUCGGCCGACGACGCCAUGUUGGAGGAGAUCCGGAAGUGGAGGAAUAGUUUUCUGUUUUCGUUGUUGUUUGGAGUGCCGACAAUGUUUGUCAUGUUAUUCUUCAUGUACGCAAUGCCGGCCAUUCAGGGCUCACACGAAUUCAUGUGUUGCCUAAUAUCGGGCCUGUCGUUGGAGAACCUGAUACUCUUCGUACUGUCGACACCCGUCCAGUUCAUCGGUGGCCGACAUUUCUACGUUCAGGCCUACAAAGCCAUUAGACAUAAGACGGCAAACAUGGAUGUGUUGAUUAUGUUGGCCACGACUAUAGCCUACUUCUACAGUCUGGGUAUUUUGCUGUAUUACAUGAUCCGUGGCUUCAACGCCAGUCCCCUCACGUUCUUCGACACACCGCCGAUGCUUCUGGUGUUCAUAUCGUUGGGCCGUUGGCUCGAGUGUAAGGCCAAGAGAAAGACAUCGGAAGCGUUGGCGCAGUUGAUGUCACUUCAGGCCACUGAAGCUAAUCUGGUGGAGACCAAUGGUGUGGAGAUCAAAAUAUCUGUGGAAUUGGUCCAAAGGGGUGAUGUGUUGAAAGUGUUUUCGGGCGGAAAGAUACCGGUCGACGGCCGAGUGAUUGAGGGCGAGUCGAUGGUCGACGAGUCGCUGAUCACCGGCGAGUCAAUGCCGGUGCACAAGAAGGUCGGGUCGCUGGUGAUCGGCGGAUCCAUUAACCAGAAGGGAGUGCUACUCAUGAGCGCCACACAUGUGGGCAAAGACACGACACUCUCGCAGAUCGUCAAACUCAUCGAAGAGGCGCAGACAUCGAAAGCGCCGAUACAACAGUUGGCCGACAAAAUCGCCGGUGUUUUUGUGCCCUUCGUUUUGAUCAUCUCUUUGCUAACUCUUAUCGUUUGGCUCAGUAUUGGAGACAUUUAUUACGAUUAUAUUGUCAAUCAAAACCGUAUGGUCUUCGAGAUGAUGGAUAAACGGGAAGUAAUCAUUCAGUUCGCCUUCCAGUGCGCCCUCAAUGUGCUCACCAUCGCCUGUCCCUGUGCUCUCGGGUUGGCCACACCCACAGCCGUUAUGGUCGGCACCGGAAUCGGUGCAUUGAAUGGUAUACUAAUCAAAGGUUCGGAACCGCUGGAAAAGGCCCACAAACUGAACGCGGUCAUCUUCGACAAGACCGGAACCAUCACUCACGGCAAACCUGUGGUCACGAAAGUGAUUGUAUUCAACAAAUUCCAAGACAUGCUUUCACUGCAGCGUAUGUUCGCCGCCAUCGGCAUCGCAGAGGCCAAUAGUCAGCACCCGAUCGGUAACGCUGUUUGCAAACUCGUCGACACUCUCUUGAGUUUGAAUGGAAAUAAUUUCGGCAAAUGCGAGGACUUUGUGGCCGAACCGGGAUAUGGCCUGAAAUGCGCGGUCAGCCGAAGAGUCGCCGAUCAGAUCAUUAGUGACGAGAAUUUUGUGUUGAAUCCCAAUAACAACCAGAAGAAGGACUUCGAAGAGUUUGAUACAAAAAUUGUUUACUUAAAUGACAGACAAACAGAUCUUAAACUAUCGGAUGAGACGUUUGCCGUAUUAAUUGGUAAUCGGAAAUGGAUUCUCAAACACGACAUCAAAGUGAGCGAAGAGAUUGAUCGGGAGAUGACUGCUCUGGAAGAGGACGGCCAGACGGUGUUCCUGUGCGCCAUCAAUGGCCAACUGGUGUGCACUCUGGCUGUGGCCGAUCCCAUCAAAUCGGAGGCCACGCUAACCAUCUAUACGCUGCGCCACCGGUUGGGUCUGGAAGUGAUUCUCCUGACGGGCGACAACUUGGCCUCUGCGACGGCCAUCGCCCGCAAAGUGGGUCUGAAGCGUGUGUUCGCCGAAGUGCUGCCAUCGCAUAAAGUGGCCAAAGUUAAGGAGUUCCAGAGCCGGGGCUGGACUGUGGCGAUGGUCGGCGACGGUGUCAACGACUCGCCAGCGCUCGCACAGGCGGACGUUGGCAUCGCUAUCGCCAACGGAACCGAUGUGGCCGUCGAGGCCGCCAAUAUUGUCUUAGUUCGGAACGAUUUGCUUGACGUCUACGCGACCAUCGAUUUGUCCCGAAGAACUGUCCGCCGGAUUCAACUAAACUUUGUGUUGGCCAUCAUUUACAACGCGAUUGGUAUCCCAUUAGCCGCCGGCAUAUUCUUGAAGUGGGGUAUUAUUCUGCAGCCAUGGAUGGGCGCCGCGGCGAUGGCCGCCUCCUCUGUCAGUGUUGUCUGUUCUUCACUGUUGUUGCGAUUGUAUACCAAACCCACCCGAAGAGAGCUCGAGACCAGCGAUUACCGCAAACACGUCCGACGGCUCAACAUUCACAACGACUUCGACUCACUAUCGCUACACCGCGGAGAGGAUAUCGAUAAGAAGGAUCAGUUUCGCGAUCAAAAUGUUUAUAACGUGUGA